UAUAAUACAGAACUCUCAGAUUUCUCUGCUUUUGGUUUGUUGGUAAACCUGAGACAGUGGUCUGCCCUGCUCCUGUGAGCCAUAAUCCAUGACCAGCAGUAGAAACAAUUUGUCUGAGUCUACUUCCUAAGCAUCUUUUAAUAUCAGUAAUCUGGUAGGGCCUGGCUUCCUUGCAGCAUAUGCUAACCCAAGGUCUUUAGCUCCACAGGUGUGAGGGAGAGGAGAGAGACCUGAGAGUGGGCACGUUGUAGGGAGGCCUCUCUCAAGGUGAAGGAUGUUUGAAGAACCAGUCGUGGCUACCCAGGAGCAGGAGCAGCACGGAGAAGUCAAACUGGAGGAGGAGGAGGCUGCUGGCCAGGAGUAUCUCAGGCGGCCAGAGGCCAGGUUACGACCGGAAGUGGCUCACCAGCUCUUCCGAUGCUUUCAGUAUCAGGAGGACAUGGGGCCACGGGCGUCCCUGAGCCGGCUCCGUGAACUCUGCAACCACUGGCUGCGGCCGGCUCUUCAUACCAAGAAUCAGAUCCUGGAGCUGCUGGUGCUAGAGCAGUUCCUGAGUGUGCUGCCCCCUCACCUCCUGAGCCGCCUGCAGGGGCAGCAGCUCAGGGAUGGGGAGGAGGUGGUGCUGCUGCUGGAGGGAGUCCACAAGGAGUCCAGCCAUGUGGGGCCACUGGAUUUUAGUUUUAAUGCUGGCAAGAAUUAUCCCCGUGCCGACAUCACCUUGGAGGAACAGGGGGGACCUUCUCAGGUCCCCAGCCACAGCCCCAAAAAGGAAGUGCCCUCAGAAGAGCCUCCAGCCCUGGGUCCAUCAAAUGAACUGCCUGCACCACAGCCAGGGUCCACCAAGCCUCCUGAGCUGGGACAGUGGAGACUACCCCCAAGUUCAAAGCAUCUGCCAAGCUCGGGUCCCCAGGGGACAUUCCAGGCCCUGCAAGAAAGUACUCCCCAAGGCCCUUCGCUGUGGCCAGAAGAGAAUUCCCGUGAUCAGGAGCUGGCAGCCGUCCUGGAGUCCUUGACCUUUGAGGAUGUUCCAGGAAACGAAUGGCCAAUGCACCCUCAAGGACUUGGAAGCAGAAUCCCAGACAAGGAGGAGUUUAAACAAGAAGGGCCCAAAGGGGCUGCUGCCUGGCCCACUGCCAUCUUAGCAGAGUCGCAGGCACAUAUUCCUCGGGUGCUGGAAGAGCCUCUUGCUCAGACUCAUGGUCAGGGCCCUGAGGCGAGCAACACUGGUGGAGAAGGGUACCCUCAUGGCAGCAGCGAGGUUCUGGAGGUCAGAGUGGCUGGGGGCACCGCCGAGUCAGAGCCAGAGACUCAGUUCAUAUGCACUGAGUGCGGAGUCAGCUUCCCGCAGCUGGCCCGCCUCAAGGCACACCAGCUGCACUCCCACCCAGGCACGCGCUGCUUCCUGUGCUUGAGCUGCGGGAAGAGCUUCGGUCGCAGUUCCAUCCUCAAGCUGCACAUGCGCACGCACACAGAUGAGCGGCCUCACACCUGCCACCUCUGCAGCCGCCGCUUCCGCCAGAGCUCCCACCUGAGCAAGCACCUGCUGACGCACUCCUCCGAGCCCGCCUUCCUGUGCGCUGAGUGUGGCCGUGGCUUCCAGCGCCGUGCCAGCCUCGUGCAGCACCUGCUGGCUCACACCCAGGACCAGAAGCCCGCCUGCACCCUGGAGAACAAGACAGAGGUGCCGCAGCAGCCAGCCGUAGUCCUGUGCGCCCACUGCGGCCAGACCUUCCAGCGCCGCUCCAGCCUCAAGCGCCACCUGAGGAUCCACGCCAAGGACAAGGACUGCCAGGGCUCCAAUAACUCAAGCAGCCUCUGUCCAGACCCCGACAGCCGGCCCUUCAGGUGCGACGAUUGUGGCAAGGCCUUCCGGCGCAGCGAGCACCUGGUGGCACACCGGCGCGUGCACACGGGCGAGCGGCCCUUCUCAUGCCAGGCUUGUGGCCGCAGCUUCACCCAGAGCUCUCAGCUAGUCAGCCACCAGCGAGUGCACACGGGUGAGAAGCCCUACGCCUGCCCGCAGUGUGGGAAGUGCUUCAUGCGGCGGGCAGGCCUUGCCCGCCACCUGUUGACCCACGGCGGCCCACGGCCCCACCACUGCAGCCAGUGCGGCAAAAGCUUCAGCCAGACGCAGGACCUGGCUCGUCACCAGCGCAGCCACACCGGGGAAAAGCCCUGCCGCUGCAACGAGUGUGGCGAGGGCUUCAGCCAGAGCGCCCACCUGGCGCGCCACCAGCGCAUCCACACCGGGGAGAAGCCCCAUGCCUGCGACACCUGCGGUCAUCGCUUCCGCAACAGCUCCAACCUGGCCCGUCACCGCCGCAGCCACACUGGUGAGCGGCCCUACAGCUGCCCAACGUGCGGUCGCAGCUUUCGGCGCAAUGCCCACCUGCAAAGGCACCUGGCGACCCACGGUCAGCCGGGUCAGGAGCAGGCGGAGCCCGCCCAGGAGUGCCUGGAAUGUGGCAAGAGCUUCAGCCGCAGCUGCAACCUGCUGCGCCACCUGCUGGUGCAUACGGGCGCCCGGCCCUACUCCUGCGCACAGUGUGGCCGCAGCUUCAGCCGCAACUCCCACCUGCUGCGCCACCUGCGAACCCACGCCCGGGAGACAUUGUACUAGCUCAGCCGGUGUUCUGCCACUCCCCACGCUGUUGGCCCCUGAGGCCCGCAGGGAUAUCCCUUCCCACCACACCCCACCUCUCUGCCUCCACGUCCACCUUUGUCCUUCCCUACCCACAGCAUUGCUUUCUGGCCUCAGCAAUGUAUUUCAAAUGCCCGAAGUAAAGCAGCCUACUUGAAAGCGGUCCCUUUUUAUUUCUUUAAGCCCAUCAAAAUGCCAAAUGUCAUCUUUCCCUCUGUGG